AUGGCAUCUCAUGGUUUCAAUAACUCUAACAGUGUGCAAGUGCAACAUAAUGAAGCUGAGGCAUUAAAAAAGUUUCUGGAUUUUUUUAAAAAGUUCGAGGAUAUGUUGGAUAAGAUGGCUACUUCUGCUAUUUCCUCUCAAAGAUGGACUUCCGCAACAAUCAUUAUCUGUUCAAUCAGCAUAACUGUAGCUAUAGUUUGGUGUUUGAUGAAGAAAGAACAUAUAAAUAUUCCAAUAACCUACUUACCUGUAGCCACCAGUGAUAGGAGCAAGGUCUCACCAAUUUCAGAUCAGAAUGUUACUGUGAGCAUACCGCCGGUACAAACAGUGGUUUCAUUCUCACAAUUCCUAGAAGAGACCAUGGAGAGAUUUCUUCAAGACAUUGCAAGAGAAAGGCCCAUAAGAUUCUCGCAUCAAGAUAUCAAUGCCCUCACGGGAAAUUUUACAUCUUUCUUGGGUUCAGGUGGCUACGGAGAAGUUUACAAAGGAACGUUCCCAAAUGGAGUCAGAAUUGCAGUCAAAGUGCUUAAAAAUAAGCUGUCGGACAAGAAAGUUCAAGAGCAAUUCAUGGCGGAGAUUGGAACCCUUGGAAGAACACACCAUGUAAAUCUAGUGAAACUCUAUGGAUUUUGUUUUGAUCCGGCUAUAAAAGGACUUGUAUACGAGUAUAUGGAAAACGGGUCACUUGAUAAACUACUCUUUGAUAAGAAGAGGCCCGUUAAGUGGGAGAAAUUGCUCCAAAUCGCGAUUGGGAUAGCAAAAGGGUUGGCAUAUCUACAUGAGGAGUGCCACCAGAAAAUAAUUCACUAUGACAUAAAACCCGGAAAUGUAUUACUAGACUCCAAGCUAAACCCAAAGGUUGCAGAUUUUGGACUAGCUAGGCUAUGUAACACAGAAAGCAAUGAAAUUGUUACAUUCGUAACUAGACAAGUCGGGACACCAGGAUAUACAGCACCCGAGUUGGACAAGGAGUUUAGCCCUGUGACCAAUAAGUGUGAUGUUUAUAGUUUUGGUGUGCUCUUACUGGAAAUUAUAGGGAGGAGGAGAAACUACAUUGCCAAUACAAGCAACGAUUACAAAGAAGUGCUUCUUAGCUGGGCCUGGCAGAUGUACAAGAAGGGUAAACUCUCCGAAUUCCUUACUGGGUGUGACAUUGAAGAGGAAAGCAAACAAGAAGCAGAGAGAAUGUUAAUGGUGGUUUUCUUGUGUGUUCAUCACGAUCCGAAUGAAAGACCAACUAUGAGCAAUGUGGUGAAGAUGUUGGAGGGAGAAAAGGAGAUUGACCCUCCUUCAAAUCCUUUCAAAUACGUCGAAUCAUCAGUUGAACCCAGUAACCCGUCAUCAAAUACAAAAGUUUCUGACCCUCUUCUUCCCAAGAUUUCAAAGAGAUCACCAGAGAUAGAAUUAAUGAGUAGUUUGUUAAUGAGCUCAAAAUAG